UGCUAGCGUCAUGAUUACGUCACUAACCUGGAAGUAAACAAGCGCGAUCACGUGUUCAGAAAGCGCGCUGAGAACGAGCACCGCAUGGUUUUUAAUCUGCACCAGAACUCACUUUCUCAGCCAGUCGACCAACCGAGUAUAUAAAAUUAUUCCAGAGUGGAAUGUAACACCCUUUCACCCAAACAGCAAGGAUUCAUUUGAUGGAAGAUGCCAGAUGAAACAGUUCGCACUGCAAGCUACACCGUGUCCUGUGAGGACUAUGUUCAUGUAGUGGAAUUCAGUCCAUUUGAUUCUGGCUCACCUGCGUCACUUCUGGCGUAUGGAGGAAACCAGUAUGUGGUCGUGGGCACUUGUCGUUUUAAGGAGGAAGACACAGAGGUCGAGGAUGUAGAAUUCUCUUCUUUGCAAGUGUUCUUGCAUGGAGUACGUGUGGAUGCUAUUGCAUGGAGCCCUGAAGCGCGUCUGGACAAGCUCCCUCCAGUCAUCAGGUUUUGCACCGCAGCGGCUGACAGAAAAGUCAGGCUUUGGACAUCUGAUCUUCAAAACAAUUGUGAUGUAAAGGUGAUGGAAGGCCACACCAGCUACAUCAAUCAUCUAGUGUUUGAGCCUGCAGAAGGAAAGCAAAUAGCCUCUGUCAGCGAUGACCACACUUGCAGAGUGUGGAACCUCGAUGGUAAUGAAACCAUUUCAUUCAGACUGCGUUCCCCUGGUGUAAGUGUCUGUUGGCACCCUGAGGACCUCUGCAAGUUGAUGGUGGCGGAGAAGAAAGGCACUAUACGGUUCUAUGACCUUGUUACACAACACGCAAUUCUGUCUCUGGACAGCGGGCAAGUGCCGCUCAUGUCAGCUGACUGGUGUCUCACAAACACUAUCAAGGUUGGAGCUGUGGUGGCCAACGAUUGGGUGAUCUGGGACAUUACCCGCUCUAGUUAUCCACUCGAGAAGAGACCAGCUCAUGUUGACAAGGCAAGACAUUUCAGAUGGUCGAGGGCAAAUGAGAAUCUUUUCGCUACCACAGGCUAUCCGGGAAAAAUCAACAGUCAGUUAUUGGUGCAUCAUCUGGGGCAUCCACAGCCUGUGAUGAUUGGUUCUGCAUCUGUGGGGGCUGGUCUAAGCUGGCAUAGGACCCUGCCUCUAUGUGUUAUCGGUGGGGACCGAAAGCUGUUCUUCUGGAUGACAGAGAUGUAACCUGGACAGAAGUCAACUGGAGAGUGUUUCUGUUUUCCUUUUUCAAUAAAUAAAGUCAUAUUUUUCAUGCACUGUCA